AUGCACAAGGUGAAACACUGGUUUGCGGCAGGGCUCAACUUGCCAAUUUACACGGAAGGCCACAAAGUAAAGUUCAAGCUCCCAGACUGGCCGCUGGGAGCCUCGCCACCAUUGGACCAGAAGCUGCUGACCUUGAAGGAGACGGAGGUCCGGUAUGAUGGUGGGGAGCCCGUCUUAAACAUCGAGGUUGCCGCGAUUUGUGGCUCCGAUCCUUUUUCCUGGGAUGCGGCCAAGGCGGUGAUGCUCGACCCGCAGGACUAUCCGACAUGGCGUGGCGUGGUUACAGCACCGCAAGCAGAUGUGGAGUUCAAGUACCUCAUUGUAAAGAGAGGGGAGGGCGCUCCUGGAGACCUGGUCCGUUGGGAAGGCGACUUCCCGAACCGUAAGAUUCACAGAGACAGCACCGUGGCGAAGGUAAAAUUGCGCCAUCGCUUCGGAGACGCGACGUUUGAGUGCAAGGAGGUGGUUCACGCCAGUGGCCAGAUUGACAGCGUCCCCGCCAAGCAGGGCGGCUACGCAGAGGCGCAAGCGCCACAAGAGGCGCCGCCACUCCCCAUCGCCAAGCGCAAGAUAGAAGAGACCGAAGAGCAAGACAACUCCGUGCUUGGCAACAUCGCGGUUGACCCUGCGCUUCGGCUAGCUCGCAUGGUGCGCUCCCAGUCUGCCACCAUGUUCUCCAUGAAGUACGAUGUCAAGGAUACGGUGCUCGGCACCGGCAUGUCCGGCGGAGUCGUUGUGGGGAAGAACAAGGAGACCGGGGUGGAGGUUGCCAUCAAGAAGCUUCCCCUGAAUGCUUCCAUGAACUUGGAGCACAUCAAGUCAGAGGUUCAGCAUCAGCUGACUCUAGACCAUCCGAACAUUUGCCGCCUUCUCGAAGUCUACGAAGAGCCGGACCGACUUCUGCUGGUCAUGGAGAAGCUUGAUGGCCCCGACCUGUUCGACUCCCUGUCCAAGAAGAGCCGCUACACGGAGAAGGAUGCCAGGGAGGUGGUCAAGCAGAUUCUCAGCGCAGUGGCCUAUUGCCACCGCAAUGGGGUCUGCCAUCGCGACCUGAAGUUGGAGAACUUCUGCAUGGAGGACAAGUCGGAGAACGCCAGGAUCAAGAUGAUCGACUUUGGCUUGAGCUCGUCCUUUGAUGACUCUCUUCCCAUGACCGACUCUUGCGGCACCCUCUACUAUGUGGCUCCAGAGGUCCUCCGAGGCAAGUACAACCAACAGUGCGACAUGUGGUCUCUGGGAGUCCUGACCUACAUCUUGCUAGAUGGCCGGGCCCCCUUCAUGGGCCGUGACGACCGGAAAACGUACAGGCUGAUCUUGGCGGGAGGGUACACCUUCCCCGAGAAUCGUUGGGGUGUCAUCUCAGACGACGCCAAGAACUUCGUCUCGAAGCUCUUGGUGGUCGACCCCGAGGUGAGGAUGACAGCAGAAGAGGCCAUGCUGCACCAAUGGCUGAGCAAGGAUCACGCAGACGCAGACGGCGCCGCUGCUGCUCCUGCGCUGGAUGAGAACGUGAUGGAUGGGCUCAAGGCCUUUACACGAGGAAACGCCGCCAAGCGGGCGGUGCUGCGUGCAAUGGCGCCGGCAGCAUCUGUAGAUGAGGUAAGCCGGUGGGCUGAUCAGUUCGAGGCCUUCGAUAAGCAAGGCACCGGAAAUGUCAAAGUCUCUGUUCUCGUGCAGCGCUUGGUCUCGCAAGGCUUGGCCACUGCUGCCGAGGCUGAAGAUAUCUCUGCUGGCCUAACGGCAGUAGCCGAUGCGUCCCAGGAAAUUUCAUAUUCAGCGUUUCUUGCGGCAUGCCUUUGUGCACAUCAUUCGAACCUGGAGGAGAAACACUUGAAAGAGCUUUUCUCGAAGUUGGACAAAGACAAGGACGGGCACGUCAGCGUAGAAGAAGUUGGGAAAGCUCUGGGUGGUGUCUUGGACGUUGAUGCGCUGGAAGCGGAAAUGGGCGGACGGGCCUUGUCGUUCGCUGAUUUUCAGUGGCUCCUUCAACGACCGUUGGCUCCGUCAUCCAUGGCCGGGCUUCGUCAGCUCCUGGGUACCUUCCAAAACCUGGGUUUGGCAAAGAGCUGGCGUGUGGAUACGGCCGCUGCCAAGGCCGCCAAGGACGGGGACGGCGUCCAGCUGGUGGCCGCGAGGCGGGAGAAUGCUGCUUGGCGGCAGUGGCAUCGCCAGCGCAUGCUCGGAGAGACCCCGGAGGACCCAGCCGCCGCAGGUAGUUCUGCUGAGGGUGAUGACAAAGCCCGGAUGUCGCCCAAGAAGCUGAUCCUUGAAAGCAUACCUCUACCAGUUCCAAGCAGCAGACCAGCAAGCAGCCGUGGUGAGAUCACACCUCGGGAAGACCCAUUAACAGAUCAUCUUCAGCCCAAGGACUCGGCGAAGAGUCUGCAAGACUCAGCCGACAACGCAGAGCUGCAGGCCGAGUGGUCUGUGGCCACUGCGGCGGCCAAGGAUGGAGACAUGGAGGCAGCAAGGCGCGAGAAUCGCGCAUGGCGGAUGAUGAACAGGGAGAGGGCGAACACAGGGCAAAGCUCUGGUUCUCCCGACUCCUAA